UGUUGUGCAUGGCGCACUGAAGCGGCGCACUGAAGCGGCGCGGAGCGGAGCGUCACAAAAACACAGUCCGACAGAGAGCGACGAGACCCGGCCUCCCCGGCUCCGAGGCGACGCCCUAAACACUAGCACAUCCGAACAUUAGACUGAGACUCCCCAGACACAUCCAUGAAAGCUCCACUCGGCUCCGCUGUGGACAUCUGGAGAUCGGAUAUAUUUAUAUCGCGUCUGGAAUUGUGAAAAAUGAGUAAAUUGUCGUUUCGGGCGCGGGCGCUGGACGCUUCCAAGCCUCUCCCCGUCUUCCGCUGUGAGGAUUUACCGGACCUGCACGAAUAUGCAUCCAUCAACCGGGCCGUGCCGCAGAUGCCCACGGGGAUGGAGAAAGAGGAGGAAUCGGAGCACCACCUCCAGAGGGCGAUCUCAGCGCAGCAGGUUUAUGGAGAGAAGAGAGACAACAUGGUCAUCCCCGUCCCCGAGGCCGAAAGCAACAUCCCCUACUACGACUCCCUGUACCCCGGGGAGUUCAAGAUGCCCAAGCAGCUCAUCCAUAUACAACCGUUCAGUCUGGACACGGAGCAGCCCGACUAUGACCUGGACUCUGACGAUGAGGCGUUUGUGCUGAAGCUGAAGAAGAAGAUGGAGAUCAGUCUGCUGCAGUUUGAGGAGAUGAUCGACCGUUUGGAGAAGGGCAGCGGACAGCAGUCGGUGAGUCUCCCGGAGGCGAAGCUGCUGCUGAAGGAGGACGACGAGCUGAUCAAGGAGGUGUUCGAGUACUGGAGCAGGAAGAGGAAGAGCAGCAAAGCACAGUCCCUCAUCCCCACCGUCAAACAGGAGAAGAGAGACGGCUCCUCCACCAACGACCCCUACGUGGCCUUCAGACGCAGGACCGAGAAGAUGCAGACGCGAAAGAACCGUAAGAACGACGAGGCGUCGUACGAGAAGAUGCUGAAACUGCGGCGGGACCUGAGCAGAGCCGUCACCAUUCUGGAGAUGAUCAAACGGCGAGAGAAGAGCAAGAGGGAGCUGCUGCACCUGACGCUGGAGAUCAUCGAGAAGAGGAACGGCAUGGCGGAUUACGGCGGGGAGGUGAUGGCUGAAGUCCUGGCGGAGCGCGCUCUGGUCCGGCCUCAGAUCAUCCCCCUGGUCCCUCUCACCAACCAGUACAGACACCAGGACCACGCCGACCUCAAGGACUACAAAUCCAAGCCCGAGAAGUGUGAAGUUCCCCGACAGAAGAGGAAAUAUGAGAAGAAACAGAAAGCACUGCCGCUGUCAGCAGGGGGCGCUCACCACCCGUCUCUGUUCAACGCCAAGGACCUGAACCAGUACGACUUCCCCAGCUCCGACGACGAGCCCUACUCCCAGAUGCUGUCAGGGUCGUCGGAGGCGGAAGAGGAGAACGACCCCGACGGAGCGUACGCCUUCAGGAGGAGAGCGGGCUGCCAGUACCACGCGGUGCGUCCGGACGCUCUGGGCUCGUGGUCGUGGUGUGGUCCAGCAGAGGGCGCUCUCUCGCAGCCUCGGUUCAGAUACAGCCUCACGUCGCUCACGGUGCCGCGCCGGUGUCUGGGGUUGGCCCGGAGGAGAGUGGGGCGCGGCGGCAGGGUUCUUCUGGACCGGGCGCACUCGGACCUGGACCCCGUUUAUCAGGAACUGUCUCCAGAGCGACCGGACCUGCCCCCCUCCCCUCCCUCCCCUCCCCCUUGUGCCAGCGCGUGCCCCCCCUCCUCCCCCCGCGUGCCAGCGAGUGCCCCCCUCGGCGCCGACCCGGAGCGCCCGCCGGAGAGGGACUGGCACACCGACCUGACUCGCCUGCUGCUGAGCAUAAAGGCCUGCCGCUGGAGACACUUCAGGCCCCGGACUCUGCCCCUGUCCCAGCUCGACCACGCCCACCCCCUGUUCAGGAGGAUGAGCCGCCGACACAAGCCCCCCCCCGCACAACCCGCCCCGCGCGCCUGCCCCCGGGGAGGCAGGGCCGCCAACCAGCCCGAACGCCAGGUGCUGACGUCAGAACAGUUCCAACUUCACCAGGAACAACUCGCUCUGAUGAAGAAACACCAACUGGAGCAGGCGCAGCAGCACCACCCCCCGCCUCCUGGAGUGACUCUGGACCAGGCCUCUGCUCAGGUCGCUGCUUCUGCUCUGGUCACGGCCGAUCAACUGCUCGCCCUGAAGAGUAAAGACGACCUGCCACCAGGAGGCGCCGUCAACGGAGUCCUCUCCCCCUCAGGUGUGUACAAAGCGUCUCACCUGUCGAGUUCGGCGUCCCCGUCCCCCGCAGCUCCAGCCCCCAGCCCCAGCGCGCUCCUGCCCAGCUCCACCGCCUCCACCGCCCCCCACAGCAACAACGGCUCCGCCCCCCACGCCAACGCCGGCUCCGCCCACGGUCACGGCGUCCGCGCGGGAGCCCCGGUCCCGGGGAAACGCCUGCACGGCUCCAGGACCCUCCCCUCCUCCGUGGGCCCCUCGCCGCUCAAACUGUCCCACUGUCAGAAGCCCAAAGCCCCGACGCCGGCCCCCACCGCCGCCCUCAGCCUGGGGCCCAGGGAGAAUCACGAGCAGGAGAAAGGGACACUCAACAGUCUGUCAGAAAACACAGUGGCCAUGGAGGUUACGUAGCUCCGGUCACCUCCUCCUCCUCCUCCUCCUCCUCCUCUUCCUCUUCGUCUCCUCCCUCCCUCACUCCUCCUCUUCUCCCUCUCUCCUCCUCCUCCUCCUCUUCCUCUUCUAUCAUUCCUCGUCUUCGCACAGUGGCCGUGGAGUUUACGUCGCUCUGGUCCACUCCUCUUCCUCGUCCUCUUCUUCCUCGUCUCCUCGUCCUCGGUCCUUCAGGUGCUACUCGUCAGUUCUGCGGCCAGUCUCAAGAUGGCGCCUCUCUGGACUGUCCCUGGACCCUCCCUGGACUCACCGACCCCUCCCUGGACCCUGGACCUCCUCUGGACUCUCUCCGGAUCCUCUAAACCCACCCAGGUCCCACCCAGGUCCUCUCUAAGUCCUCCUGGACUCCCUGGACCUUCUAGCCCCUCCAUGGACUGUCUGACCCCUCCUCUGGACUCUCUAAACCCUUCCUGGACCCACCCAGGACCCUCUCUAAGUCCUCCUGGACUCCCUGGACCCUUGUCACCCUCCCUGGACUCUCUGACUCCUCUCUGGACCUCCUCCGGACCCUCUAGCCCCUCUCUGGACUCUCUAAACCCUUCCUGGACCCACCCUCCCUGGACUCUUUGAAACCUCUUUGGACUCUUAACUUGACCCUCUCUGGACCUCCUCUGGACCUCCUCUGGACCUCCUCUGGACCUCCUCUGGACCUCCUCUGGACUCUCUAAACUCUUCCUGGAUCUGCCCUGGAUCUUCUGGACCCACUGGACCCGCCCCUGACCCCUCCCUGGACUCUCUGAAACCUCUCUGGACCCUCCUUUGCCCCUCCCUUGACCCUCCCUGACCCGUCCCUGACCCGUCCCUGGACCCUCUGCCCCCGUGCCCCCGCGUCCCUGUGGCUGUGGUGUAAACUUCAGUCGAACUGUACAGCACAUUUGUAAAGCCUCAUUCUUGUAUAUUACAUGACUUGAAUACAGAUUUGUUCAUUUGUGAUGUUUUGCACUCGACAUGAAAAAAACCCUGAUGAAUUAAAGAAAAGAAGCUUCUUCUCUGCGGCGGAGCAGAGUGGACCGCAUGGCGCCCCCCGCUGGUCGUUCGCGUGCCGUCGCCUCCCGUUCCGUUCCAGAUCCUCCGGUUCCUUUUUUUUCCGGUCGGCCGUUCUUCCGCCGCGCGACGUCUCCUCUUCCGUACGUCAGACGAACCCGAGAGACCGAAGGGCGCCCGCUCCGUGUGACCUCCGACCCCAUCACUACUCUCCUCCUGGGCGACCUCCGACCCCGGCACUACUCCUCCUCCUCGUCCUCGUCGAUGCUGCUCUCGGUGGCUUCACGUCGGGGCGAGCGCUCUUCGGUUUCUUCGGUUUCUUCGGUUUCUUCGGUUUCUUCGGUUUCUUCGGUUCCUUCGGUUCCUUCGGUUCCUUCGGUUCCUUCGGUUCCUUCGGUUUCCUCCUCCUGUUUUGACCUCCGGCCGUGAACGCGAGUUACCGGGUGGUGCCUUUUCAACUUGGGAAUAAAGUGAAACGAAAAUAAAACCUGUGCUCUCUUCUGUGAAGAGUUUGGUACCGAACUCAA